UCGCGUUAACCAUCUGUACCUUAGUUGUAUCCUUGAAUGCCCAUUCCCAUGGCUUCUCCGAAACCUCCAUCCAAUCUCCUCCACAAUCCGUAUAUAUUUACUCCCCCUGAAGCCCCAAUGCCAUCGCAAUCACCAACCAAAAACGCAAACAACAUCACAUUUCCUUUCGUUCAUAAUGGAAUCAAGAGCCCAGUCAAAUUUCCAAGAUUUAUUGCCUCUCAUGGCCGAAAAGCUUGGCGGGGACGCCUUAAUAGGCGAGCUCUGCAAUGGGUUUCAGCUACUCAUGGAUAAAGACCGAGGGGUCAUCACCUUCGAGAGCCUCAAGAAUAACUCUGCUUUGCUGGGCUUGCAAGACUUCACCGACGAUGAUCUCCGGAGCAUGCUCCGAGAAGGAGAUUCCGAUGGAGAUGGUGCCCUGAAUCAGAUGGAGUUUUGUGUGCUAAUGUUUAGAUUGAGCCCUGAUUUGAUGGAGCAGUCCGAGUUUUUGUUAGACCAGGCCCUUCAUGAUCUCUUCAGAGAUUGUAACUUUUCUUUUUAACUUCUUACCGUUUUACUGAAUUCCCAUGACAAUUAACCUAUACAAGUUUCAUUCUUUUCUGUAAUUUACCAAUAAUGUUUGAUUCUGAAAUAUACAGACAUUAAAUCAAGAGGUUUUCCUUUCA